AUGUAUAACGUAACACCACAUACAACAACAGGAAAACCGCCAGCAGAACUUUUCUUUAGGAGGCAAUUCCGAGACAAAAUACCAGCAAUUCCAACUUUGAACAGUUCUAUCGUAGACGAAGAAACUCGAGACAAUGAUUUGAUGAACAAAUUUUGGGGCAAGAAAUACAGCGACGCCAAAAGAAAAGCAAAAGCGGAUGACAUCCGAAUAGGAGCUAAAGUUUAG